AAUCCACGCAAUCGCCACUCGUACAAGACCUGAGUCGUAGACAUGGAGUCGAACAAUAUUAUUUAGCACAGCUCACGGUAAUAACAGUUGUACUGCGCAAUAACCGGCGUUGUAGCAGUCACGUCGUUCUGGGUUGCUUGCCUUGCUUUCAUUGCGUACGAAAACGAAUACCGGGUUUACUACGCAUUUAGAACAUCGCAGAACGGAGGGCCCUCACCGUAAGGAAUCCGGAAAACGGGGACGUAAGCCGGGUAGAAAAUCGGGUGAUAAGAUUGACAUGAAAGCUAAAUUAGGUGAGCUUAAAGCACGUAAGCUGACAGACGGUACUUUACAGCGUGGCUUUCUAGAGCGCAGCCGUCAAAGUGCUAGAGAAUGUAGAGCCAGAAAAAAAUUGAGAUAUCAGUACUUGGAGGAACUCGUCGCGGAUAGAGAGAAAGCGGUUUUCGCGCUUCGAAAAGAGCUGGAAAAGUUUCAAGUAUGGGCCAAAGAAAUCGACGAGGGGAGAGUGCCUGAGGAUAUUCAGAGGAUCUUGGAGGAUGUGGGGGCCCUGAAGAAGGAGAAGUGACUACCAUGUGAUAAAUCAGCUGAGAAAAAAUAUUCUACGUGUAUUUUUUUUGUAUAGCCUAUUUUGUAAAUACUUAUAAUAAUAAAAAUAUUUCAUUACUGAGGGUUAA